AAGGCCUCCGCCCCCUCUCCUAGAUCCCCCUCUCCCAGCACCCAUCCCUUCUGAUUGCCCCUUUCCCUAGAAGCUUCCUGCUAGGAGCACCCUCCUUCAGACACCCACGGCCCCCUCCCUCCAGCACCCAUCGCUCUGGGUCACCCACAGCUUCGAGACACCUUCCUGGGAUCGCUUCCCAGGUGGUCUCUACGCCACGCCUCUUACUCGCGUUACCCCGCUCCCAGACAGCACCCCUUCCUUCUCCUGUAGCUCCCGCUUCUCCGGGCCUGCUCCCCGCACCCAUCCCUAGGUGCUGCCCCCGACAGUGCCGCACUACCCCAGCCGGCCCCCUGCAUCUCGUGGGACCCUCUCCGCCUCCCCCGGCGCCAUGGCGUGCAGCCUCAAGGACGAGCUGCUCUGCUCCAUCUGUCUGAGCAUCUAUCAGGACCCGGUGAGCCUGGGCUGCGAGCACUACUUCUGCCGCCGCUGCAUCACUGAGCACUGGGUGAGGCAGGAGGCUCAGGGCGCCCGCGACUGCCCGGAGUGCCGGCGCACGUUUGCCGAGCCCGCGCUCGCGCCCAGCCUCAAGCUGGCCAACAUCGUGGAGCGCUACAGCGCCUUCCCGUUGGACGCCAUCCUCAACGCGCGCCGUGCCGCGCGACCCUGCCAGGCACACGACAAGGUCAAGCUCUUCUGCCUCACGGACCGCGCGCUGCUCUGCUUCUUCUGCGAUGAGCCCGCGCUGCACGAGCAGCACCAGGUCACCGGCAUCGACGAUGCGUUCGAGGAGUUGCAGAGGGAGCUGAAGGAGCAGCUUCAGGCCCUUCAGGACAGUGAGCGGGAGCACACAGAGGCACUGCAGCUGCUCAAGCGACAGCUGGCGGAAACCAAGUCGUCCACCAAAAGCCUGCGGACCACCAUCGGGGAGGCCUUCGAGCGGCUGCACCGGCUGCUGCGGGAACGGCAGAAGGCCAUGCUGGAGGAGCUGGAGGCAGACACGGCCCGCACGCUGACCGACAUCGAGCAGAAAGUCCAGCGCUACAGCCAGCAGCUGCGCAAGGUGCAGGAGGGGGCCCAGAUCCUGCAGGAGCGGCUGGCCGAAACCGACCGGCACACCUUCCUGGCCGGGGUGGCCUCGCUGUCUGAGCGGCUCAAAGGGAAAAUCCAUGAGACCAAUCUGACCUAUGAAGACUUCCCAACCUCCAAAUACACAGGCCCCCUGCAGUACACCAUCUGGAAGUCCCUGUUCCAGGACAUCCACCCAGUGCCGGCCGCCCUGACCCUGGACCCCGGCACCGCCCACCAGCGCCUGAUCCUGUCCGAUGACUGCACCAUCGUGGCAUAUGGCAACCUGCACCCACAGCCACUGCAGGACUCGCCGAAGCGCUUCGACGUGGAGGUGUCGGUGCUGGGCUCCGAGGCCUUCAGUGGCGGCGUCCACUACUGGGAGGUGGUGGUGGCGGAGAAGACGCAGUGGGUGAUUGGGCUGGCGCACGAGGCCGCGAGCCGCAAGGGCAGCAUCCAGAUCCAGCCCAGCCGCGGCUUCUACUGCAUCGUCAUGCACGACGGCAACCAGUAUAGCGCCUGCACCGAGCCCUGGACGCGGCUCAACGUCCGCGACAGGCUCGACAAGGUGGGCGUCUUCCUGGACUACGACCAAGGCCUGCUCAUCUUCUACAACGCCGAUGACAUGUCUUGGCUCUACACCUUCCGCGAGAAGUUCCCCGGCAAGCUCUGCUCGUACUUCAGCCCCGGCCAGAGCCACGCCAACGGCAAGAAUGUGCAGCCGCUGAGGAUCAACACCGUGCGCAUCUAGUGCUGUGGAGGGAGUCCGCAGGCCUGAGCGUGGCCACCAGUGACAGCCCUGCCCCAGAGACUGGGGGCCUGGACUCCAGCCCAGCCGGGCCACCUUGAGAUCUCAGGCCAGUUGUUUACCCUCGUUUUCCUGCCUGUAAAACGGAGGUUGUGUUCCAUGAUUGCACAACUCUCUUCCAGCAUUGAUGUUCUGUAGCUCUGACCUUGGUGGGGAUGCAGCUUUGGUCCAGGGAUGUGAGAUGGCUUCUCCUCAGGGCAGCCCCUGCCCAACCCUCAUCUCAGGGGCAGGGGACUGCAUCUUUAUGUCUCCCACCUGCUCACAUGCCCUGACCUCAGGAUAGGUCAGAGUGUUGCCAGCAGUUUGCAGCCUGAAAGAGACACAGAACCCUCUUACACUCCCAGGCCCAAGACUUGCCUCUGAUCAAGCUGGUGAUGGGCCGUUUUAUCCUUGAUCCCAGCCCAUGGUGGACACAGGCGGUAGCUAGUCCCAGAGAUGCCUGAGAAUCACCUUCCCCUUCCAUCCCUAUACCAAGAGCUUCAUGCUUCCUGAUAUUCCCACUUAUCUGCGGGUAGAAAUGAUGUUGUAGCCUGUGGACGGUACCCAGUAGUUGAGCCCACAUGUUACAGUUACUGUGCCACCACCUCCCUGCCCCGAGGUCUUAAGGCUGGAUGAGGACACACCUCGAGGCUCACGUAGGACAAGCAUCACUGGACGGUAGAGGUUCCCUCAGCUCCAAACAAGGGUCCAGCCAGGCCUCUGUGACCAGGCUAGGGUGCAGCAAGGCUUCGGGGAGCCGUUAUUUGAGCCAGGCCCUGAGCACUGGGGUGCGUGUGGGCUGAACCCCUCAUCAGUCUUGGCGUCUGUCUCAGUUGGGAUACUGUUGCAGAAAACAAGAGCUGCGCUAGCUUUUUAAAUUAGACAAGGAUUUAUGACCAGGUCCCUAGAGGCUUUGUAAAAUCAUUGGAAGGGCUGAAGGAGCAGACUGCUGCGUUUCCAGACACAGCUCCCAGCCGCCAAAUGCAUCAUGUCUGCUGUGACCAAGAACGCGGCUCCCGUCUGCAGGAAGCCACGGCAUCGAGAAACCGCUGGCUGCAGAACUGUGCUGCCUCUGCUACUGUCCAUGCCCGUCAGCGGAUGUCCUGAGGCCUGCCUCCCCACCGUUCAAUUCAGUUUCCAGAUCCACAGCUCUGCAAGGGAUUCUGUUUGGGGAAAUUUAAAUCCGAUCCAGAACCUUGGCUGCAAGGGAGUCUGGGAAAUGUACUUUUCUUCUUUCUGGCCUCAUCUAUACAAAAAGGCACAGUAGAAGACAGUUAGAAUGGAUGUUGAACAAGCCCACCUACAAUUUUUGCCGUUGGAAUCCACCUCUAGGCCUUAGCUUUGAAGCAGCAGAGCCUCUAGGUGUCCUGCUCCAUGGCUUUGUCCGUGCCCAGGACAGGAGCAUGGGAGCGGGCCUGCAGGACCAAGCUGAAAUGUCUCCCAGGCCUUGGCUUUUCUUUCUAGUCCUGGAGCCUAGAUUCUGAAUUUGGGGUCUCUGACCACACCCAUCUCAAAGGAGCCAGACUAGCUGAAGUUGUGGGGCUCCCACCUCACAUGUGCUGCCCACUGGGGCCUCCCUUGGGCAGGAGGAAUCCUCAGUCUCACCCCACCCAUUCAGCUACCAGAAUCUGGGGCACCCCCAGCAGUAUUUUUAUUUUGUGUUGCCCAUUUUGUGAGUUAUGAUGAAUUUCUAUUAAAUUAAAGUUA